GUGACCGUUAUUAUAGCCUAUUUAUGUUUACUUCCAGGGUUACAACAAUGAAUCUCUACGCUCCAACCCCAUCGCUCUAACGUACUAUCUUCAUCUUCAAAACCCUCUCUCUCUCUGUUCGGAGAUGGUUGGUUCCGACCUCUCCACUGAAGAACUCUGCAAAGCUUCUCCCAAACUCUCCAAGCCAGUGAUAGCAGUCAACCCUCAUGUCACCGUGCUUGACGAUUUCUGCCCACCAAUUGUCGAGCAGUUUAUAGAUUUUGAUUCUAUAGACGAUUGGGUUGUUGAGUACGAUCCAGUUGAAAUGUCGAUUGGAGGAAGCAACCAUUGUCCCCUUGGCUCUGUUACUAAUACCAGUGUUGAAGAAACCCUCAAAAGAAUGGCUGACGAAAUCCCAUUUGUAGAAGGAGCAGUUCCUGGAAAGUUGGAGAAUCUUGGUUCUCAAAUAGUGGAGGGAAUGGAGAAGGUUACUUUGGUUGUUACUUCCGAGAGUUCUGAUCAAAUUUCUAUUAAGUCGGAAUUGGUUGUUACUUCGGAGAGUUCUGAUCAAAUUUCUAGUAAGUCGGAAAAAUUGGAAGAGUUGGAUGAAAAGGGAUCAGAUGAACGUAGGGCAAUCGUUCAGAGUGUCACCGAAGAAACAAAAGUUGUUGUAAAUGGAGAACUGGGGUUUAAGGUCUCUUUGGAUACUAAUCUGGAAAAGCCAGAGGCAGUUACUAGCGUGAGUGGCCCAGAGAGUGUAGAACUCAGUGAUGAAGACGAGAAUGAUAGUAGUUCGAGGUCGGAGAGUGACAUUUCUUCCUCGUCGUCUUCAUCUUCUUCAAGCAGUGAAGAAGAGGACGAAGAGGAAGAAGAAGAGGAGGAUAAGGGAGACAUGGUGGCUGUUGGAGAAAUUGAAGAAGGUGAAAUAAGGGAUCUUGAUAAUGGGAUUGUUGCUGAAAGUGAUGAUGAAGAAGAAGCCUGCAUGCUGAGAGGAUCCAUAAGAUCAAAUAAUGAGCUUGAGAUUCUCCCUCCAGUUCCUCAUGUGGAUGUUGCCCUGGAACCUCACCAUCACACCUUGCCUGUUGGAGUUAUUUCAUCUAUCAUGGGAACAAAAAUUGUCGUGGAAGGGCUAGAGAAUCACAACCCCCUUAAUGAGGGUUCUAUCCUCUGGAUCACAGAGGCUAGGUUGCCACUAGGGCUGGUAGAUGAGAUCUUUGGACCUGUCAAGAACCCUUAUUAUGUUGUACGGUACAAUUCAGAUACGGAGAUUCCUGCUGGAAUACAUGAAGGCACCUCUGUGUCCUUUGUUGAGGCUUUUGCUAACCAUGUCCUCAAUGAUCAGAAUCUCUACAAGAAAGGUUAUGAUGCAUCUGGUGAGAAUGACGAAGAAUUAUCUGAUGAAGGUGAGUUCUCUGAUGAUGAAAAGGAGGCUGAAUACAGAAGAAUGCAGAGGAUUGCAAAGCGAGGGAUAGAUGAUCGUCAGCUUGGGAACCGGGAUUUUGUGGACAGGAAGAAAGCACCACAAAAGGGUGAAUUCCGGAAAAAAAUCCACCCUUCAGCCCCACCUCCUGCUUGUGGCAGUCGGCCACGAGGAAUUCCAAACCAAUGCCAUACAAAUACACCGUCUGUUAUAGCACCAGUUGGUUUUGGCAGUCGGCCACGAGGAAUUCCAACCCAAUGCCAUACACAUACACCAUCUGUUGCAGCACCAGUUGGUUGUGGUGGUUGUGCUUGCUCUCAUAGCACUGGACCAGGCAUUGCCAGUAUGUCUACAAAUGUUCCAUCUGUUUCACAAGUGGGGCAGGCUACCUACUGUACACCUCAGCAUUUAUUUGCAUUAAAUAAUGGGGUUUGGACCAAUGGAAUGCAAUCUCUGCAGCAGCCGCAGCAGCAGCAGCAGCAGCAUGCAGUCUUUCCUAAUAUUAAUGGGCUCCCUUCUCAGCAACAGAAUGUAUCCUUACCAGGUGGGCAGCAUUUCCAGUAUCCUCAUCCAUUCUUUAUGAAUUUGCCAAAUGGAAUGCCAAUUCAGCAGCAGCAGCAGUUUGAUCCUACUCAGAUGCUACUGCCGAGUAUGGCCUUGCCAUAUGGGCAGCCAAAUUUCUCAACAAGGCCUGCAUCGACACCUUGGACAGGGUUUGUAGGCCAACCUGGAUUCAGCCAGGCAACAUUUGGUAUGGGCUUCCAGGGUCAGCUUGGGCACUCAUCCAUGAAUUCUGGUGAGCAAGGAGUUAUGUCUAGUGGAUCAUGGUCAUGUAGUGAACAGGGCAUUGGAUUGCAACCAUCCAUGAACUCUGGUGAGCAAGGAGUUAUGUCUAGUGGAUCAUGGUCAUGUAGUGAACAGGGCAAUGGAUUGCAACCACCUGGUGUUACACAAAGAAGCUUUGCUUCUCCCCAGAAAUUUCAUCAGGGAACAUCUUCGACUCAUGGGAGAAAGCUGUACCGGAGAGGUGGUAGUAGUUUUGUUGGUGGUAGAGGUCGGAGGCAAUCUGGGUGAGAUUCUGUUCUUAGUGGUUUACUUUUCAGCUUUGAUUUUAAAAAUAACUUACAAAUUGUUGAGAGAUGAAGUUGUGAUAAUUUUGGAAAUUAUGUAAAAUAUUUGCUUAUAAUGCAUUAGCAUCUUGCAUAAAUAUCUAAAAUGGGUUGUUCUUUCUUUCCUA